AUGGCCGGUCAACAGUUCCCCACUGACGUUAAGCCCAAAUACGUCCCAUACGACAACCAGCAUUCUGGAAUCACCAAUGCAGGUACUCCAAAACCACUUGAUUUGCAAGAGGAAUUGAAGGAUGGAACCGUCAUCAUCACUGCUAUUCCAGGUGCUUUCACGCCAACUUGUUCCCUUAAGCACAUUCCUGAUUAUAUCAACAAUGUCGAGAAAUUGAAGAAAAAGGGAGUCAAGAGAGUCAUUGUGUUGGCUGUAAAUGACCCCUUCGUAUUGUCAGCUUUUGGAAAAGCAGUUGGUUACAAGGAUGAAGAAAACUUUGUCAUCUUUGCUACUGAUCCAGAAGGUAAAAUUUCGAGUCAAUUGGGAGAUGACUACGUCUUGGAUUUGAGCAGCGCUGGUUUGGGCCAGAGAUUGCAAAGAUAUGCUGCCAUUGUUAAAGAUGGUGAGAUAUAUUACUUAGCUAAUGAAGAUGGUGGUGAUUUCACUGAAGUCUCAAGUGCUGAAACUUUGCUUGAAAAAUUAUAA